GCUCCUGGCAGCUCACACUUCGCUGGGGACUUUAAGAGUGAGCAGAGAUCGGAGAGCUUCGGUGCUUAGCUGUCUACAUUUUCCGAUCGCUUUUCUCUUUUUCCGGGAGAGAUCUUUCAGCCGCCGAGCAGAACCUUUUCCUUUGUGUGGAUACUUUUUGGGUGCCUGGUUUUUGCCGUCGUUGAAACAUUUCUUCUUUGGGGCUUGCCGCUUUUUGCCUGUCUCGGACCAUUAUGACUUUGGAGGAAAUUCACGGGCAGGAGACGAUGCCGGAAACUAGCGACAGUAGCUCUAGCAGCGCCGCCACCGGCAACCGGAUGCAGAAGGCCGGCAAAGCUUUGCAGGAGCUGCUGGUCUCGUCGCAGCGCCGCGGCUGCCUCACCGCGGGAGUCUACGAAUCCGCCAAACUGAUGAAUGUUGAUCCCGACACGGUCGCUUUCUGUGUGCUGGCCGCGGACGAGGAAGACGAGGGCGACAUCGCCCUGCAGAUCCAUUUCACUCUCAUCCAAGCCUUUUGCUGCGAGAACGACAUUGACAUUGUGCGUGUGAACGACAUCCAGAAGCUGGCCGCGAUUGUGGGCGCCAGCGAGGAGGCCGGGGAGCCCAGAGACCUGCACUGCAUCCUCAUCACGAAUCCCAAUGAAGAUUCCUGGAAAGACCCAGCCUUAGACAAGCUGAACUUGUUUUGCGAAGAGAGUCGAAAUGUCAACGACUGGGUGCCCAGCAUCACCCUGCCCGAGUGAUGGUGACGGUGUUGACGUAGCCGGUGCACAGGAGAGGUUGAAACCUUUUUGUUGCAUUAUCACCUUGGAGCUGCACAUCUGGGCAACCCAGCGAGUGGCUGAUUCUGGAGAUUAGCCUGGUCAACAGCUUGGAUUAAGUCGCUCAGACACAGCACGUGGUGGAUUCUUGUGGGGAGAAAUAAAAAAGAGAGAAGCAAAGGCGAGUGGAUUGUACCAGCAGUGAGUCUCUCUGCUAUGCUGCAGCGCUGGAGAAGCUGGCAUAUCUGUGGAGCUGAAGAAGAACUGCAGUUUUUACUUUAGGAGCAGAAGAAAAGAGAGUGGGGGGGAAAAAAACUGUGGCAGGUUUCCAGGUCAGGUGGAAUGUUCAUGUUAGAAAGCCAGAGUGAAAGUUGAAAACUGGACAUAGGUGAAAGAGCAGGAAUGGACAAGGUAUGGACAAGAAACUGCUGGCGGGGGUCAUCCAGCCCCUUCCCCAAGAGACUGGACUCUUAAAAGACAUUGGUGCAAUUGCAUUUCUGCAAAGAUUUUGAUGCGGAUUGAGCUACCGGAGGAGGUCUUUUGGACUAUAUUCUGCAUUGAUAACCAAUCUUGCAAUAAUUCUUUUAAACUGAAAUUCAUGCUGCUAUUGAAAUUCUUAACACAUUUGUAAUAAAUUUUUUGAUAACCAA